GAGUUGAAGGAUGGUGUGAACUUGUGGUAGAGUUCAGAGCCGGCGUUGCAUGACAGCUUUUUAGUUCAGAGUAGAGUAGGACUGGACUCAUCACUGUUUAUUCAGUGUUUAAGAAUAUCAAUAGUUUAGUUUUUCUUGAGCAUGUGUUGAUAUGGCUGAAGGACCACCAGGACCAUCUCACUCUGUAGAAAUAGACGCAGAUUUCGAGCCUCUUUCUCGACCACGGUCUUGCACCUGGCCUUUGCGCAGACCGGAGCAGCUCGACCCCGGGAGCUCCAACACGUCCUCCCCGGGGCCAUCGCUGCACCAGGAGCCCGCGGGAAACGGCGAGUACAUCAGUAACCUCGCUUUAUUAGAAGAAGACUAUGACGAAUACACGGAGCACAAAUCACCUGUGCCUUGCAGUGAAUAUCAGGGAAGUCGCAUCCUUCAUCGUCACCAUCAUCCUCCUCCACAGCAGCAGCAGCUCUUGGCCCCGCACGUCCCGGCACAGCAACAGGUGCCUGCUCCCGGCGCGCCUUUGGGUGGCCCCUGCAGCAUCAACCAGAGGAAAAGUAGUUCAUCCCGCCGUAAUGCCUGGGGGAAUAUGUCCUACGCUGACCUCAUAACCAAGGCCAUAGAGAGCGCACCUGAGAAGAGACUGACGCUGUCGCAGAUUUACGACUGGAUGGUCAAAAGUGUGCCCUACUUCAAUGACAAAGGGGACAGUAACAGCUCAGCAGGGUGGAAGAACUCCAUCAGACACAACCUGUCCCUGCACAGUCGCUUUGUGCGUAUCCAGAACGAGGGCACAGGGAAGAGCUCCUGGUGGAUGUUGAAUCCUGAAGGAGGAAAGAACGGGAAAUCAGCACGACGCAGAGCCGCCUCCAUGGACAACAACAGCAAGUUCUCCAAGAGCCGAGGACGUGCCACCAAGAAGAAGAUGGCAGUAGCUGACUUGGUUGACAGCAGUUCCCAUAGCCCGUCUCCUCAGUACUCACACUGGCUUGGAAGUCCUCACUCUCAGAGCACUGAAGACCUGGACUCUUGGAGCACCUUUAGGACCCGAACUAGCUCUGACGCCAGCACCCUGAGUGGCCACAGGUCCCCUUUCCCCUCCGAGCAGGACGAGGUGGGUGAGCCGGACAUACACAUGGGAUACUCUGUGGGGCCCAAGUUAACUUCCCCUCUACCCAGACUGUCUGAGGUGACAGGGUCCAUAGCUCAAAGAGGAUCAGAAAAUGCCAUGGACAGUCUCCUGGACAACCUCAACCUCUUGUCACCCCAAAAUUCCCAAAUGGCAUCUGACACAACACAUACUUCAAAUGGUGCCAUGCAUCAGAAUAGCCUAUUCACUUCCUCCCACCAUAAGAGCAUGUACAACCAGGUGAAGAUGACCCCACUGCUCCCUGUCUGCAUGCAGGCGACAAAGGCCAGCUUUGGGGUUUACAAGAACAGCUAUAACUGUCCCCCUGUCCCUAAAGACCUACUAGCAUCAGAUGGAGAAGCCACAAGGGGCUCUCUGAUGAGGACUGUCUGCUUGUUACCUCCCUACAAUAGCCAAAGUCAUAUAAGUCCACGCAAUGAGGUUAAAAUGCCAAUUCCACAUUCACACCAAAGCCCUCUGCCCUCACGAGAAUUGAAUAGCUGUAACAUGAUACCACUCACGAGUUUGACUAGUCACCCAGGGGCCCCUCCUCGACUGUCCCACACAGCACACAGUAAUAAUUUGAUGGUCUCCACUAAAAGUAAUGGCUACACUGAACUAACUUUAGUGCACCCUCGUGGACAUCAUCAGGAGAGGCUGCCCAGUGACCUUGAUAACAUGUCCAUAGAGAGGUUUGAGUGCGAUAUGGAGUCAGUACUACAUGAUACACUGAUGGAUGGGGGAGCGCUGGAUUUCAACUUUGAACCAGCAGGGGCACAGGGCUUUCCACCCAGAGGGAAAAACACCUCACAUAACUGGGUGUCCGGCUAAGGUUUAUUGUAAGCAACUGUCUUAUAAUCUCCAAUGAGAAAGUAUGGAGAACGAUUGCUAUAUCCAGUAACAUAUUUCCUCCCUGUAUUCAAAGAUCAUUUUACUGUUUUAUAUGCAAAAACAACAUCCUUCACCAUUUUUCCAUAUAUGGCAAGCCACUGUUAAGUAUGGUGUCACUAGUUAAGGUCUUACCAAAGUCAAACUCUCUUCAAUAUUUGUAAAAUAAGUGUUUUAUAGUUUUAUAAAUUGUAAAUACUCUUUUGUAUAUGAAGGCUUGUUAAGGUUUGCUAGAGUAAGCAUUUUGAAUUCAUGUUUUGUACUGUGUGCUUUUGUCAUAAUGAAUUGUUUACAUAAGUUUGUUCAGUGCCUAUAUUUAAACACAUACCUCAAUGUUUUACCUCCGAAAUGCUGAGAGGGAUAGGGAUUGUUCAGUCAUACUGGAUUUAAUGUGUACACUGUGUUGUAAUCACUAUUAAGCAUCUCCAUAGUGUGAUUUAUGUUACAGCGUUCUGAUAUCAUAUAAUCUUUUAUAUUUCUAUGUAUGUUUAGUUCAUAAUGAAUGUUGUGUGAAUUGUGACUUGUAAAUAAUACUUCAAUAUUAAAAUAAGACUGUUGGUC